AUGUCGGAUGUUGAUGAAAAUUUAAACGCGUCUUAUGAGGACAUUUCUGAAUCUGUUGUAAAUAUCUUAAAGGAACAUCCACGACAUCUCAGUUUAAUGCAUUUAAAUACCCAGAGUAUGGUGUCCUCUUUCAACGAGUUCCAGGUCUAUUUAUCUCAGUAUCCGAUGGAUGUUAUCACUAUGAGUGAAACCUGGCUCAAGGAAAAUCCCGCACUUUUAGAAUACGUUUCUUUGUCCGGUUACGGAGCCGCAGUGUUUCGAAACCGUGACAAGAUCCGUGGGGGUGGUGUAGGAGCAUAUAUUAGCAACUCGAUCAAGUACAAGCGAAGGAAGGACAUUGAGAAUCUUCAAUCAAAUAUGGAAUAAUUAUGGUUUGAAGUGCCAGGACGAAACAAGCACAGUAAAGCAUUGAUCGGCGUGAUCUAUCGAUCGGAGCGAAUUCAAAGCUCUUCAGAUUGGUUAGAUAGUUUCAAUGAGUCUUUGCUGGGUCAUCUCACCGUAUCGUGGGAUGGCCUGCUUUUAGUUACUGGCGAUAUCAAUAUUGAUUUAUUGAAACCUAAUGAUCUUCUAAGCAAAAAGUAUCAAUCAAUUCUGGAAAUUUUUGGGCUUACUCAACAUGUCGCAAAACCAACACGUGUCACGCAAAAUUCAAAAAUUUUAAUUGAUCAUAUUGUAACCAAUGACCCGCAUUAUGUGGCAGCUACGGGAAUAAUUCCAGCUCCUACGAUCAGCGACUACGAUGCAGUUUUUGCCUGUGUAAAUGUUCGUGUGCGCCGUUUUCAACCUAGAUACAAAUGGAUACGGCUGGAUAGGAAAUUUGUAACCGAAGAAUUUCUUCAAGACUCCGCUAACCUACCGUUUUCCGUAAUAUAUGGAUUAGAAUCACCCGACGACAUGGUAAAUGCACUCAACACUUUGUUUAGUGAAUCUAUAGAGAGACACGCUCCAUUAAAAAGAAUCAAGUUAACACGCCCCCCUGCACCAUGGAUGAAUGCAAAUGAAAUACGAAAACUACAGGCGGAUCGGGACAGACUGCGCUUUGAAGCUCACAAAGCCAACAGUGAUGAUUCUUGGAAGGCCUUUCGAGAAGUUCGCAACAAGAUAAAGUCUGUUAUUAAUAAAACAAAACGAAACUUUAUUAAAACUGCUCUUUCUUCUAAUAGACCAAAGGAGGUAUGGAGAAUGAUACACCGUAUUCUACACCCUAAUAAGAAGCCUCUUCACGCAGAUCUAGAUAAACUCAAUGACUAUUUUAUUAAUACGAACGAAAGGACAUUAGAAACCAAGCCAGCUGCACUAUCAGAUCUACUUGAAUUCAUUGAUUCUCUUUCCGAUGGUACAACGCCACAGCAAUCAUUCUCUUUACGACCCGUUUCGCAUCGUGAGGUGUUGUGCGAAAUUGACAAACUCCGCUCAGACACAUCUACUGGCAUUGAUAAUAUACCGGUUAAGUUUGUAAAACUGGCGAGAAAACAUCUGGCGGGUCCUUUACAAUACAUAAUAAACAAUUGUAUUGCUAGGUCGGCCAUUCCAGAAGCGUUGAAAAUUGCAAGAAUAUCGCCCAUCCCUAAAAUAGAUCAACCUUUGUGCGAGGCGGACUAUAGACCUGUCUCAAUUUUGCCGGCGCCAUCAAAGGUAUUUGAGCGGCUUAAUUGUUUUAAAUCAGAUGAUUGCGUAUAUUGAAGAAAGGGCGUUUCUUGGAGCUACGAUAUCUGGACUUCGAAAAGGGCAUUCGACAACAACUGUGUCGCUGGGCCAUAUUCGAGACGCGUUGAUUCGAGCAUCAAAGAAAGGAGAGGUAACUCUAAUGGUUUACGCAGACUAUAGCAAAGCUUUUGAUACUAUACAGUUCAGGUCUGUUCUGACUAAAAUGCAUGGAUUGGGUUUUUGAAAAUCAUUUCUGCACUGGAUGAUUAACUAUCUUACAAAUAGACAACAGUUGGUACAAAUCCUGACUCUUCCACAGUCCCUAACACUGCUUAGAACGCAAAGGACCAUGGGAAUGCCCCGAGGCGUCGCCGUCGCAUUCCCAUCAUUCAGCGCGCGUUGGGUAAUUCAACGCGCGCGUUACUGAAGCGACUGGGAACGAGUCAGGUACAAAUCAACGAUAGUAAAUCUAGUCUUCUUACCGUAGAAUUUGGCGUACCACAAGGCUCAGUUCUUGGACCGGCAAUUUUCAAUCUAUACGUCGCUGAUUUACAGGAAAAGCUUCAACUACCUUGCUAUCAAUAUGCGGACGAUACAUCGUUUUAUACCCAUUCAAAAGUAUGCGAUCUAGACUCGGCUGUAAAAGAAGUUAAUGAUGCUAUAGUGCGAUUGGUCGAUUAUUCUCAAUGCUCUAAUUUAGGACUGAAUUACUCCAAAACUGACUGGAUGCUAGUUUCCACACCUCAGAUGGCACGUGCUCAUGAUCUGGGUGACCGUACGUUUAGUAUUAAAUGCGGGACAAAUUCCUUGAACGAAUAAAAUGUAAAAAUUUUCUAGGAAUUUAUUUUAACGAGCAUCUUUCAUGGUCCUCACAUGUCGACUAUUUGCUAACUUCUUGUUAUGGAAUACUAGCAGUGUUGAAAAAGAUGAAGAAUUUGACGCCUUUCUAUGUGAGAAAAACACUGGUUGAAAGCCUUGUGCUUUCCAAAAUUGACUAUGCUAGUCCUGUACUCCACCCAUUGCCAAUAUACCAACAAAAACGACUUCAACGCCUCCAAAAUGCAUGCGCGGGUUUUGUGUUAAGGAGAUUUGCAAGACAGGAAGAACUUGCCACCUUGAACUGGCUAGACAUUA